AUGCAGCUCUCCGCCCUCUUCCUCCUCGCCCCCGCCCUCGUGGCCGCGACCCUCGACCCGGCCACCUCCAACACCAAGGGCAAGUGUCCCUCGAGCUACAACUGCAGCGCCACAAAGGUCUCAAAGGCCAUCCAGGCCGCCGAGUGCUCCCACAACACCCGCACCAGCAAGACUCAGACGUUCGCCGUCUUCGAGACCGACCACCAGUACGACGGCAACAACGGGUACCCCUACGGAACCUGCUCCGCGUACACCUGCGAGUCCCCCACCGAGAUGAUCACCGACGACGACUGCUGGACUUUCUUCUGGAGCGGAACCGGCGAAGAGGAUGGUGUUGGCACCGGCUGCAUCAAGGACCCCAACACGGGCGUCUGCGGCUGCGAGAACUCUGACGGAACCUUCAUCUCCGGCAGCAGCGACUGCACAUAA